GCGGCGCGGGCGGGGCCCCGGGGUUGUGGCGCGCCGGGGAAAAGCGGCGGCCGCGAUCGUUCCGUGCCCGGCCCGGGACCCCGGGACACCGCAACCCCGGGCCGCGCCCCCACCGCCCGGGGCCGCCCCCCCACCCAAUGGAGAACUUCCAGAAGGUGGAGAAGAUCGGGGAGGGCACGUACGGCGUCGUGUACAAGGCCCGGAACAAGGUCACGGGCGAGGUGGUGGCGCUGAAGAAGAUCCGGCUGGACACGGAAACCGAGGGCGUCCCCAGCACGGCCAUCCGAGAGAUCUCGCUGCUGAAGGAGCUCAACCACCCCAACAUCGUCAAACUGCUGGAUGUGAUCCACACGGAGAACAAGCUCUACCUGGUCUUUGAGUUCCUGCACCAGGACCUGAAGAAGUUCAUGGAUGCAUCGUCCCUGGGUGGCAUCGCGCUGCCACUCAUCAAGGUGGUGACGUUGUGGUACCGAGCGCCUGAGAUCCUGCUGGGCUGCAAGUAUUAUUCGACUGCCGUGGACAUCUGGAGCCUGGGCUGCAUUUUCGCCGAGAUGGUGACGCGGCGCGCGCUCUUCCCCGGGGAUUCGGAGAUCGAUCAGCUCUUCCGUAUCUUCCGCACGCUGGGGACUCCGGAUGAGGCUGCCUGGCCCGGCGUCACCGCCCUGCCCGACUACAAGCCCAGCUUCCCCAAGUGGGCCCGGCAGGAUCUGGGCAAGGUGGUGCCGCCGCUGGAUGAGGAGGGCCGCAAGCUGCUGGCGCAAAUGCUGCACUACGAUCCCAACAAACGCAUCUCGGCCAAGGCAGCGCUGGGCCAUCCCUUCUUCCGUGAUGUCACCAGGGCUGUCCCCCACCUGCGCCUGUGAGCACUGGGCUGGGGGUGGGCACGUUGGCUGCGGACAGCGCGAGCGCAGAGUGGGGCACUGGGACCCCCGGCCCCCAGGACUGCUCGGGGCGGGGACCCCCCCUUUGCCUGGGCUCUCGGGCACUUACAGCUGAGGGUGAGGUGGGAGGGUGAGGGACAGAGCCUUCCCCCUCCCUUUGUCCCCCUCUCCUCCGUCCCCGGGGUGGCAGUGGGGGUCCACCUCUUCCCUCCCCCCCGCGGGCUUUUCCUCGCUGACUUUUGUAACUUUUUUGCCAUUUUGUAGUUGACAUUUAAAGCCCUUUGUGCAGCUCCUGUUCAGCAGUGCCUGUGGGACAUGGGGGGGGUUGUGGGUGUCUGACCCCUAUCAGCCCCUCCUCAGCUGGCUGGGAGCAGUCUGUCCUCUGUCACCUGCCUGCAGCACCCCCAGCACCAUCCUGUGCAUCUGUAGGGCCGCUAUGCCCAUAGGGCUCCCCAGUGACUGCCCCCAGGUCCUUGAAAUACCAAUAGGGCCCAUAUGUGCCCCAUCUCUUCACAGCACCCAUACGUGCCACACGGUCGCCGUAGGGCCCGUUUGUGUCCCAUAGUCCCUAUAUGGUCCAUAUGCGUCCCUGCGUCCCACUGCCCCAUCCACGCCCCCAUAGGGUCCGUAUGAGGCCCC